AUGGACUUAGCUGGUUCUGAGAGAGUUUCUCUGACGAAAGCUGCUGGUGAGCGUCUUAAAGAGGGGGCUAACAUAAACAAAUCUUUGUCAGUAUUAGGAAAUGUGAUAAGGCAACUAAGCGAGGGGAAGGAGUUUAUCAGUUAUCGCGAUUCGAAAUUGACUAGACUGCUCUCACAGGCUCUUGGCGAUGUAUAUGGAUCUGUAGUAAAACCUUUAGUCGAUUCCUUCAUGGAAGGUUUCAAUGCCACAAUAUUUGCAUAUGGCCAAACAUCUUCUGGCAAAACACACACCAUUUUGGGCAAUAAAACAGAUCCUGGGCUUUUCCAAUUAGUAUCCAAUCAGUUAUUCCAGCAUGUGGCAGACCAGGUUGAUAAGAGGUACUUGAUUAGAUGCAGUUAUAUUGAAAUCUACAAUGAAAAGAUCAAUGACCUCCUGGAUAAGAGCAAUCAGGGUUUAACUAUAAGAGAAGAUAUCAAAGGAAAUGUGCUGCUUGAUGCAAGGGAAGCUGUCGUAGACAAUGUUGAUAAAGUUAUGGAGAACAUGAUGCAGGGCAAUAAGAUCAGACGAGUUGCAGCUACUCGCAUGAAUGAGAGGUCAUCUCGAUCACACACGAUUUUCCGGAUUAUUCUGGAGUCGAAAGAUGCCAAUCAGAAAGAUGGACCUGUACAUAUAAGCUACCUUAACUUAAUGGACUUAGCUGGUUCUGAGAGAGUUUCUCUGACGAAAGCUGCUGGUGAGCGUCUUAAAGAGGGGGCUAACAUAAACAAAUCUUUGUCAGUAUUAGGAAAUGUGAUAAGGCAACUAAGCGAGGGGAAGGAGUUUAUCAGUUAUCGCGAUUCGAAAUUGACUAGACUGCUCUCACAGGCUCUUGGCGGUAAUGCCAAAUCAUUGAUUAUCGGGAAUAUCAAUGACGUCCUGGAUAAGAGCAAUCAGGGUUUAACUAUAAGAGAAGAUAUCAAAGGAAAUGUGCUGCUUGAUGCAAGGGAAGCUGUCGUAGACAAUGUUGAUAAAGUUAUGGAGAACAUGAUGCAGGGCAAUAAGAUCAGACGAGUUGCAGCUACUCGCAUGAAUGAGAGGUCAUCUCGAUCACACACGAUUUUCCGGAUUAUUCUGGAGUCGAAAGAUGCCAAUCAGAAAGAUGGACCUGUACAUAUAAGCUACCUUAACUUAAUGGACUUAGCUGGUUCUGAGAGAGUUUCUCUGACGAAAGCUGCUGGUGAGCGUCUUAAAGAGGGGGCUAACAUAAACAAAUCUUUGUCAGUAUUAGGAAAUGUGAUAAGGCAACUAAGCGAGGGGAAGGAGUUUAUCAGUUAUCGCGAUUCGAAAUUGACUAGACUGCUCUCACAGGCUCUUGGCGAUGUAUAUGGAUCUGUAGUAAAACCUUUAGUCGAUUCCUUCAUGGAAGGUUUCAAUGCAACAAUAUUUGCAUAUGGCCAAACAUCUUCUGGCAAAACACACACCAUUUUGGGCAAUGAAACAGAUCCUGGGCUUUUCCAAUUAGUAUCCAAUCAGUUAUUCCAGCAUGUGGCAGACCAGGUUGAUAAGAGGUACUUGAUUAGAUGCAGUUAUAUUGAAAUCUACAAUGAAAAGAUCAAUGACCUCCUGGAUAAGAGCAAUCAGGGUUUAACUAUAAGAGAAGAUAUCAAAGGAAAUGUGCUGCUUGAUGCAAGAGAACCUGUCGUAGACAAUGUUGAUAAAGUUAUGGAGAACAUGAUGCAGGGCAAUAAGAUCAGACGAGUUGCAGCUACUCGCAUGAAUGAGAGGUCAUCUCGAUCACACACGAUUUUCCGGAUUAUUCUGGAGUCGAAAGAUGCCAAUCAGAAAGAUGGACCUGUACAUAUAAGCUACCUAACUUAA